AGAAGAAGAAGAUGUCGGGUGAUUCAGCUUUCUGCCUCAGAUGAUGGAUGUCGAGGAACAAAUUACAGUUACUCUAACAAUUUUACACAGAGUGCUUGCAACUGUCUUCAUAGACGGAAAGGAAAUAUGGAGAAAACUAUUCACAGUUGGAAGUAUCGGAGAACUGAUAGCCUCAGCCAAAACUGAGCUGUCUCAACAAGUAUCUCUUGAUCGAAUACUGAGAUUUGACACAGAUUUUCAAGAAUUCAUUGACACUGAUGUGAAUGCUGGAGUGCGGGAGCUUGACAAAUUUCAAAUACAUUAUAUUGCAAGCAACACCCAGGAUAUAUUAGAAGGAAGUGUUCAACCAUUACAGUGUCAUUCAUCAGAUGUAACUCGGACUGGCACCCCAACUGGAUUGCUAACACUGCUUGAAGAAAAAGCCCCUACAAUCCUGAGAGAACACGAAGAGACAAAGACACUUUCUAUUUCCUCAAGAAAGUUUCUUGUUAAAGUUGCUGUCAGUGACCUCGUUGAGAAACAUGGAUUCUAUCCAUCUGGUACAGAAAAGCUGGCACUAGCAAAGGAGAUUGUGUCAUUGUUCCCCUCGUUAAGGAUUCAAGUGCCCUUUGGUGAAAAUGAGGGACAUGAGCAUUUUUUUGAUGGGCCAUCACACAGUGGCUUUAUAGAGAUGAGACUGCGGAACAUCAGACAGAAGCUUCAACAGAACCAGCGGAUGUACAGUUUGAAACAUCGUCAUUGUACACUGCAACCUUCUUUGCCGAGUCAAGAUGAAACUGUGCCAAGUGAGUGGUUGACCCUGAUAAAAAGGAUGCGACCGUCACCAGAGAAUUCAUCAUCAAUAAAGGCUGCAAUUGAACAAACCUUCAGUUACCGAAGGAAAUGGAUAACGAGCAAAUCCCCAACUGUUGCUGAAAUCUUCAAAGAAUAUCCCAGAUUUCUUGACAUGCCUGCCUUGAUGGACAUUGAAUUUUCCAAACUCACGGAUGGCAAAGAAGCCUUUUUUUAUCUGGAAAUGGGAAGGGUGCAUAAUUCCAAAGCUGAAGCAAAUAGCAUCCUUGGAGAAGAAAAAUGACAUACAACACUUGCUGGAGAAAGCCAACAAUCAGCAAGAUGAUGAGCUGUGCUACACUAUAUUGAAGAUCCUCAUUCAUCUUCUUCCACCCACGGCGUCUGGGAGAAGUGUUGCUGGCAGUAAAUGCUGUGUGAACUCUGCAGUCUCAUACCUGUUGGAGCAAGUGCCGACCGGUACCAACGUGACCUCCUUGCUCAGUGAAUCCAUGAGUGGGUCCCUGAAAUCAGCUCAGCCGCAGUUGGUUUCCAUCGGUUCUCUACAACAUGGAGCCCAGUACAUAAUUGUGGCAAAGAAUGAUUCUUUUGCCCUUCCACUUGAUGUUGAAAGCCUGACCUGUGCUGUAGACAGACUUUUCAAAUUCUUCUGGCUGUGCAAUCUUCAGUAUCCAUGCCAACUGUCCUCUGUUUUUUCAUUUUUUGAGUAUAUAUGACCUACCUUUGACCCAGUCAUCUUGCAAACGUUCAAAGGUCAUGGAAUUGAUUGCAAAAUUGCAGUCUCGUCCCUAAUUGAAACAAGCAUGUAUACCUGUCCAAAGUGUCUUGAAAAAGUUUCUGUUGAAACAAAGCAGUUGAUUUGGCAUUUAAGGGAGGUACAUGCACUCUCCGACAGUCACAACCUAACUUUAAUUUGUAGUCAAAAUGGUUGCCCCAGAACGUAUCAUAAUUUCAAUUCAUUUUUAAAACAUCUUAGCAGAGAUCAUUUGUAAGAUGAAUUCAUGCCCUUCAGUGGAGUCAGGAUGCACUGAAAACAUAGAUAUAGCAAAUCAAAUUGAUGAAAGCAGAAUAUGUAAUUUUGAAGAUGAUGUCCAAAUGUCUGAAACAGAACCAGUUCCCCAGAGCAGUUUAAGCCUAACAGAUUGUGCUGCUGUUUUUGCUGCCCGCAUGUAUGCCUCUGCUAAUGUAACUUAUACUGAUGUUCAAAAAAGUAUAACCUGCACAAAAGAAGUCAUUGAUCGUGCCUUAGGUCAUUUGCAAGAAAAGACUAAUACUUUACUAAAGAACUUUGCAGUUCCGCUAGAUAGUACUGAAGUUCAAACACUUAUGAAAGAUUUUGAGAGUACUAGAAACAUGUUUAGUGACAUAGAUACACCAUUUAAACUAACUAAGUACUUUUCUGACAAUUUUUCCUUUGAGAAACCAACAGACGUGUUUCUUGGUCACAGAUUAGAUUGUGUUAAAAAGAAUGGAAAAAAAAGCCAGGUGUUACAAAAUGCAAAAUAUGUAUAUGCAGUCUUGUUGUGGACAGGAAAAAAUGCAUGAUUAUUGUGAUGGUGUUCAUUAUUCUAAACAUCCUCUUUACCGAAACCAUCCCAAUGCAUUACAAAUUCAGUUAUACCUAGAUGAUUUGGAAACAACAAAUCCUCUAGGAUCAAAAACAAAGAUUCAUAAAAUGGGGGCCGUUUACUUUGCAUUAAGAAAUGUGCCUUCAGAGUACAAUUCUGUACUUUCCAAUAUUCAUUUAUGUCUUUUAUUUAAUUCUGUUGAUUAAAACAUUUAUGGUUUUGACAGAAUUCUGGAACCGCUUUUAACAGACUUAAAAGAGAUUGAGAAAAAUGGUAUUGAGGUCAAAAUACAUGAUAAAUAUCAAUUACUUUAUGGAACGCUUUGUUUGUUUACAGCAGACAAUCUUGCCUGUCACUCACUCUGUGGCUAUGUGGAAAGUUUCUCCGCAAACAGAUUUUGUCAAUUUUGUUUAAUUGACAAAUCAAGUUCUCAAUAUAUUUUUGAUGAGAAUAACACAGAGAGACGUACAAGGGAAAACUAUGCAUGCCACGUCCAACUCAAUGAUGCAAGUGCAACCGGUGUCAAGCAUAACUCAUGCCUAAAUAGCCUACAGUAUUUUCAUGUCACUGAAAAUAUUGGUGUGGACAUCAUGCAUGAUGUGCUUGAAGGAGUCGCACCUCUUGAGGUGAAAUUGAUGCUGCGGCAUUUCAUUUAUGAGGAGAAAUGUUUUUCUCUGGAACUAUUAAAUGAAAGAAUAGCAGCAUUUGACUAUGGCUAUGAAAAUCAAAAAAAUAAACCUAGUGCAAUUAUCAAUCUUAGGACAUCUGAAAAUGCUAUUAAGCAGACUGCAUCACAGAUGUGGUGUUUACUACUAGUCUUGCCUUUUCUGUUGGGUGAUUUAAUUGAUCCAAAGAGCCCACAUUGGCAUCUUUUCCUGUUGUUGCGUGAAAUAUGUGACAUAAUUUUUGCACCUGUUGUGUCAAAAGGGCUUGCAGCUUAUCUUAAACAACUAAUAAUAGAUCACCAUACACAAUUCAAGCUGCUUUAUCCUGGUAGGAAUCUUAUUCCUAAACAUCAUUAUACACAUAAUUAUUCGAGUAUUAUGACUUUAUUUGGACCUCUUUCCAAGUUGUGGUGUAUGAGGUUUGAAGCCAAACAUCACCCUCUUAAGCGACAUGCCCAAGUAGUAUGCAACUUUCGAAAUAUUUCAAAAACGCUGGCUCAUAAACAUCAGAUUCAGCAAAUGUACCACUGGAAAUUGAGCUCACCGCUCAAUUUUGAAAUGAAUGUGCCAAAUGCUUUCCCAGUUGUGAUUGCAUCUUUGUAUAAAGGUGACAAAUUGCUUGACAAACUUAAGACAGACUCUCAUUUUGAGACUCUCACUUAUACCAGUUCAGUUCAUGUGGCUAACACUAUCAGUUUUUUGGGGACAACAUACAGGACAGGAUGCAUUCUGACUUUAAAAGCAGAUGAGAGGGGAGAACCAUUAUUUGGUGAAGUUAUACACAUUAUUCCCCAAAGUGAAAGAGAAUGUGCACUUAUGUUUCUGAGAGUUUUAAGAGUUAAAUAUUUUGAUGAACAUCUUUUUUCCUUCAAUGUCAUCAGAACCAAAGAUUUUGACAUGGCAAAGCUGCCUGGUGACUUAAUAGAUUACAGACCUUUAAAUAUUGUAUCAUUUUGUGAUCAGCAAUAUGUAACUCCUAAAUACAAAAUUUUGUUUUAAACAUGUUGGCGGUUGAAACUGUUGAACACAUUGUGUUUUGACCAGAUUAGACAAUGAAUUGUUUUUUUUUUAACAUGAUCAUCUAUAGGUGAAUGCAUACACAGUGUGUAAUGGUUAUUUCUUUGAAUACAGUUUUUAGGUUAAUUAAAAUAUUUUUUUCUGUAUGAAAAUGAAAUGUUGGUACACUUGAGAAAAAGUUCAGAAAAUAUGGUACUUUAUGUUAAACUAUUUCAUACAUAUUUGACAUUUUAUUUGACUGCUUAACAGAUGAGUUUUAUAAUAUUUGAUGAAUGGUUUUUAAAAUGUAUGAUGUGUUAAUGCUUAUUUCACAAGUUUAUAGUCAGUAUACUGUAGUAAAAACAUUUGAAUGCAUUAAUUCCAUGUUAAAAAGAAAAACAAACAGUAAGUGUGUAAUGGUUAUUUCCUUUGAAUACAGUUAAUUAAAAGUAUUUUUUCUAUAUGAAAAUGAAAUGUUGGUACACUUGAGAAUAAGUUCAGAAUAUGUGGUACUUUGUAUGUUAAACUGUUUCAUACAUAUUUGAUAUUUUAUUUGACUGCUUAAAAGAUGAGUUUUGUAAUAUUUGAUGAAUCGUUUUUAAAAUGUAUGUUGAAUGUGUUGAAAUUCUUAUUUCACAAGUUUAAAAUCAGCAUAUUGUAGUAAAAACAUUUGAAUGCAUUAAUUCCAUGUUAAAAAGAACAAAUAAACAGUAUGUGAGCAGUGUAAUUGGUUCCUGUGAGAU